UUUAAAUAGUUCGUCGUGGUAACUAAGUUAAUCAACACUAUAGUUGUGGGGGCUAGUGGGCGGUUAGAUUGGUGCUGCAAAAUCAGUUGGAUUAAAAAAACUAUUUCCCAUUCGAGGCAUACGCAGAAUGUCGUAUAAGGACCUUAGUUCGCCCAGGUUCGACGAGCUGCCACUGGAGAUUGUACUGAAGAUUUUCAACUAUUUGGGAUACUCGGAUCUGCAGGCGGCAGGCUCGACCUGUCAGCGGUGGCAUGCGGCUCUGGACCAAACCGAGUUUAAUAUGCGCACGCGUGUCUGUUUCUCCAAAGUGGUGCUCUCGGAUCAACUGAGUCCUGUGGUAGAUCUUCUGCGAUGCGAGCGACGCUUCCAUCAUUUCCUGUUCGAGGAUGUGACCCUGGGUCAGGUGAAGGAGCUGAUGCGGUUCAUGGGGCGCACGGCCCACUCCCUUGCCUUGGAUAAUGUGGACCUCAACGAUAAGCAGUUCUACGGAAUGUUGGGCGUACUUCCGCACCUCCACUCACUAUCGUUGAAGCGUUGCCUGCCGCUGUUUAUGUCCGGCUCCUUCUUGGACUCCUGCACCAACUCCUGUCCCGACUUGAACGACCUGGCCAGCAACCUGGCCGGUAUCCGCGAGCUUACCUUGUGCGAGAAUCAAUAUCUCACAGACGCUAUUCUUAUGAGGCUUACUUCCUUUAUGCCCGCUCUUGAGGUCAUCAAUAUGUCGGGCUGCCACAUAGCAUUUCACAAUGCCAUCCAUCGGAGGUUUUAUCCAGCCACAAGCUCCUCGGACCAUGUGCUGCCGAGUGAGUCGGUGCUGACCUUCAAGUUCAUCCUCACAAUCCUAAGCCUGCAGAAGCGAACUCUGCGGGAGCUGGACUUUAGCCACACACUUAUUGGCCAGGCUCUGCUGGCCCUCUGCGACCUAAAUCUCCAGCUUCACCGCCUUUACCUAUCCGGAUGCAGGCAGCUGAACGCAACCACCAUCAGAAGCUUUCUGGCCACCCAGCCCCAUUUGACUGGACUGCACUUGUCGGCCACCAUGUGUGUGAAUGACGAAAAUCUGGCUGCUCUGGUGCAGGCAACCCCCAUGCUGGAGCAUUUAAAGAUCAACGGUUGCCUCAGCAUCACCAAUGCCGGCGCCAUCCAUCUGGCAAAGCUGAAGCGACUCAAGAGUCUGGAUAUCUCGAACUGCGAUAGCCUAACCAGUAGCGGCAUCAUAGAAGGAGUGGCCAGCGAGGAGAACGCAGUUCUGCAGGAGUUGAACGUGUCAUGCUUGCAGAUUUGCGAAGAGUGUGUCAAGGCUAUUGCCAGCAAUCUUCGCUCUCUGCGCUCCCUGCAUCUCAACCACUGCGUCAAUGGGGUCACCGAUGAGGCUGUUCAGUCAAUUAUUGGACAAUUACGCUGGCUGCGGGAUCUGUCCUUGGAACACUGCAGUGGGAUAACAGACGCAGCUCUCACUGGCAUAAACAUAUCUAAACUGGAACUGAGCCGAAAGCAGUCCGGCUCUCAAGUAUCCUCCAUGGACAACUUUUACCCUCCGUACUGUAAUAGUCUGGCUGAACGUGACAGCAUGGCCGGAUCUCUGCAGUCCAUUAAGAUAUCAUUGCGCAGCAAAGCCGAGGAUGAGAUAGUCCGGGAUGCUAGGCGGAAGCAGGCUAUGCUCGCCGCCUACGAGAUGAACUUGAUACGCGAUGACGACUUCGAGGGGCACAAUAUUCAGCAGCUCCGGGGUCUUCGAUCGCUGAAUCUGCGCGGCUGUAACAAGAUCAGCGAUGUAUCCCUGAAGUAUGGGCUCAAGCACGUGGAAUUGAGGCGCCUUUUGCUCUCAAACUGCCAACAAAUUUCGUUGCUGGGCUUGGAGGCGGUUUCCAGCAGCUGUCCCUCCAUCGAGGAGCUGGAUCUUUCCGACUGCUACAACAUCACGGACAAGACUAUUCAGGUUAUAACCGCAAAGAUGCCCCGCCUGCGAGCUCUCCACAUCAGCGGCUGCAGCCAACUAACCGAACACACUUUGGACGCCAUCAUCACUAACUGCACAUGCCUGCAGACACUGUCCAUAUACCGCUGCCGCAACAUGUACUCGGACCUCGAGGAACGGCUGUCUGGGGUGCGGACGCUGCGGAAUCUCAAUAUGGACAAUCUGACGACCAUUGACAAUGCCGAAUUCUUCCGUUUGAAAAAGCGUCUCGAUUACUGAUAUUUCGCUGCUAUUUUCAUUGUCCUGGUACUGUACUACUUUCAGCUGUACAACUUCCGCUAGUCAAUCGCCCCAGUCACCCUAGUCGCCCCAAUCGCAUCAGGAAGCGCACAACAAUUUUUUAUAUUUAUAGAACAAGCCCCCCAGCUGGGAAGGGCUAUACUUGUGAAUGCUUAGUCAAAUAUACACAGCCGGAUAUACGUAUGCGUUCAAUAUUUGCAUACGCACUCAUUUUUACAUUAAUCGCACAGAUAUUAGGAUAAAAAGGAUUACAAGUCUGGAUUGUAAUUUUGUUACAUUUUGAAAUGCAAGAUUUGUCCACAUUCAACUGUGAUUUUUUAUCGAAAACCAUUUCUAUGAUAAGAGUACACUUUUUUGAAUUGUGUAAUCACUUGUUUUAACUUUAAUGAUUCAAUGUUUUUGUUAUUGUUGAAUUGAUUGAAUCAUUGGAUAUUUAUAAAUGUUUUUUAACCAUUUUUAUAAAGAUUAUUAUUAUUGUUUUAAUGAUAAAAUAACAUUUUGAAUUUGAUAAGGUUGUUGGAUGAAUUUUUGAUGUUGUACUUUGAUAGUUAGUAUAAAGAUCUUUAAUGUUAAAUCAUACUUCCCAUAGAUUUUGUAAAUAAAACAUAAAUGUUUCAAAA